AUGUUGUACAUCUCGCUUGCUCUCUCACUUUUAGCAACUUCGACGGUGACGAAAGCAUGGAAAAGAGAUGCGAUCUACGCUGCUCAGACGAUUCGAACGCCAGUGGACCACUUCAAUAGUAGCAACAAUGCGACGUAUGAGAAUCGCUUCUGGGUAGACUCAACAUACUACCAACCUGGCGGUCCUGUUGUGAUUUUCAACAAUGGCGAGUCUGGAGUUGAUGACGGUGCCUUGUACACUUAUCUGGGCUCGAAUUCAGCGAACAUGGCAAUUGCACAAAAGUACAAUGGCAUUGCCGUGGUCUACGAGCAUCGUUACUACGGCGAGAGUAUACCAGUGCCAGUUGACAAUGAGACCGGAUACGCUUUGGAUGGCAAAGAUUAUGCGUACCUUACCACCGAGCAAGCACUCGAGGACAUGGUCUUUCUUGCCAACAAUUUUCAGCCUGAGAGAUUGCGAGACGUGUGGGAUCAACUCCAUCCGUCCAGAACCCCGUGGAUUGCCAUUGGAGCUUCGUACCCAGGCCUGCUGGCAGUUUUCGCGCGUAUCAGGAAUCCUGAGACCUUUUACGCAAGCUGGGCAUCGAGCGCUCCUGUGGAGACCAUGAUUUCGAUGCCGACAUAUUAUGAGCAGAUAUACCAGGACAUGACCGCAAAUUGCUCUGCCGAUAUUGCAGCAGCAUCCCGAUAUCUUGAUUCCGUCCUGGUCAACGGAACUCGCGAUGAAGGGAACCUCGCAAAGUUCCUCAGCGAGCUUGCCACGACAGGCGUUGGUCAAUUGCACGAGAUGCUUGACAGAUCUGAAUCGGAUCUGAACGCCAACAUUUCGAACGCAAGUUCGAACAGCGAGCAUUACGCCGCCAUGAAUGUGGCCGAUAUUGUUCGUUCUACUUCAUUUCAAUCAGCCGGCUUUGCCAAUUCAACGUUGCCGUACUGUGAUCUCAUGCAGCAAUGGGAUCCUGCAGGUUUCCUCAAUGCUUCAACAUCGUCACAAAAGCUGCAUGCCCUGUUCGGCCCUGAGAGCAAUGCGUCACGCAUCGCACCGGCUGGCCAAGGCAUUGGCUCAAGGUAUGGGGACAAGGCGGCCUUCGGUGCUGUGGUGUACACGACAGCACUACACACCCAAUUCUCGGACUUCUACAACCGACCCUCUACCGGCUUCGUUGUGGACGGCCCGUCAUGGAACUGGCAGCAUUGCUUUGAAAACCCCAACUUUAUGGUCGCGAAUACCGCCUCAUCAGACAACCUACUCUCACGCCUGAUAAACCUGGAGAAUGUGAUAAUAGCUGAAUGUGGUGCAAAUUCGUCCUUUCCCUUCCCAAUCCCUGCGUCGAAUCUUACGGCAAACAACCAAUUCGGCGGGUGGAAGAUGCAGCCUUCCAACGUCAUGUUUAUCGACGGGGCAAAGGAUCCAUGGCAUACGCUCUCGGUCCAUUCGACGAGCGACGAGAUCGACGCGCCCAACAGGCGCUCAACGCAAGAGGUCCCUGCAUGCAACGAGCCUCCUGCGGUAGAUGAUGUGUUUGGUAUGGUCUUCCCUGAUGGAUACCAUGGCGGCGACCUGGUCCAACACCCGGAAUCGGACACGGCUGUCGAGCUAUUCUCCAAGGCACUUGACGUAUGGCUGCCUUGCUUCAAUGCAAGUCGGCAGGAGGCUCAGAACGACACCCCUCAGAACGGUACGCAAGAGACCCAGCCAGGCUCGUCAGGACAGAGCUCGGGGAUGAGGGUUGCUUUUUCGUGGUCGCUAGCGACGUUGGUAGGCCUCGUGACGGGUGUCUACUUCCUGAUAUGGUAUAACGUGAGUACCCUGUGA